UUCUUCCCUCUUUUCACUUUUUACUUGAUUCACAAUGACUCCCAAAGCUUCCGACUUCCCUUCUGAAGAUUCCGACUAUCAAUCCGGCUUCGGAAACCACUUCUCAUCGGAGGCCAUAGCCGGAGCUCUCCCUCACCGUCAAAAUAGUCCACUUGUUUGUCCCCUUGGUCUCUAUGCUGAACAGAUCUCCGGCACCUCCUUCACCGCGCCUCGCAAGCUCAAUCACCGAAGUUGGCUGUAUAGGAUCAAGCCUUCUGUUACUCACGAACCAUUUAAACCAAAAGUGCCCAAACAUGACAAGCUGGUGAGUGAAUUCAGCCAGGUCAACAGUUCUAUUAACCCCACUCAAAUUCGAUGGAAACCUGUUGAUAUUCCAGACGAACCAACAGACUUUGUUGAUGGGCUAUACUCUGUAUGUGGGGCUGGCAGUUCAUUCCUUCGACAUGGUUUUGCCAUUCACAUGUACACUGCAAACAAAUCAAUGGAGAAUUGCGCUUUCUGCAAUGCGGAUGGCGACUUCUUGAUAGUUCCUCAAAAAGGAAGGCUGUGGAUCACUACUGAGUGUGGAAAAUCACAAGUGUCUCCUGGUGAAGUAGUCGUCCUCCCUCAAGGAUUCCGCUUUGCCAUAGACCUUCCUGAUGGCCCUUCACGUGGUUAUGUUGCUGAGGUUUUUGGUACUCAUUUCCAACUGCCUGAUCUUGGGCCGAUAGGUGCAAAUGGUCUUGCUUCUCCAAGGGACUUUCUUGUUCCCAAAGCUUCAUUCGAACAGGAAUCUCGUCCAGGUUACACAAUCAUACAGAAGUUUGGUGGCGAACUUUUUACCGCAAAACAAGAUUUCUCACCUUUCAAUGUGGUUGCCUGGCACGGCAACUAUGUCCCCUACAAGUAUGAUCUAAGCAAGUUCUGCCCUUACAAUACAGUUUUGGUUGACCACAGUGAUCCAUCAAUAAAUACUGUUCUGACUGCACCAACUGAUAAACCUGGCGUUGCUUUGCUUGAUUUCGUCAUAUUCCCUCCACGGUGGUUGGUGGCUGAACAUACUUUUAGACCCCCUUACUACCACCGCAAUUGCAUGAGCGAAUUUAUGGGUCUUAUUCAUGGAGGAUAUGAGGCAAAAGCUGAUGGAUUUCUCCCUGGUGGUGCAAGCCUUCACAGUUGCAUGACUCCUCAUGGUCCUGACACGAAGACAUACGAGGCGACAAUUGCCCGUGGCAAUGAUGCUGGACCACAUAGAAUAACAGACACCAUGGCGUUCAUGUUCGAGUCAUGCCUAAUGCCACGAAUCUGCCCGUGGGCUCUUGAGUCUCCGUCUGUGGAUCAUGAUUAUUACCAGUGCUGGAUUGGACUGAAAUCACAUUUCAUCAACAACCCAAAUGGGAAUUCGGAAACUGAACCAUAGAGUUGUUUAUCCAUCCGAGUUUACAUGAUCAUAUAAACCGGGAAUAAUGUUUUCCCAAAUGAAGUAGAUUUACCGGUAAAUAUCUUCUGCUUGUAGAUGAAGCUUGUGUACAUAGUCAUGAAGGGAUAAAGUAUAGCAGUUAAAUUUCAUAAAUAUUUUGAGAAUCGAGAAAUGUAUUCAUGAUGAAUGUAGGUGAAUAUUCAUUAUGAAUAUUUGGUUCUCAAAAUAUUUGAGGUUCUUAAAUGAACCUGUCCUUGGUAGAUAAAUAACGAUGAAGUAGACAUAAAUAAAACGUCUAAACUUAAAUGUGCCUA